AUUUUUUGAAUGACUACAUUCCGUCUUUGCUCGGUGUUGUUCUACGUAUGGUUCCAUGACAACAGGGGCCACGGGCUCCUCCUUUCUGCAAACAAGAUGGAGGCUCGUCACGGGAUCAUGAAAGCUUUCCCCAAAGUCAAAAGGGCCAAAGUGCUGCAGGGAAAGGACGCACCCCCACUAAAGAAGAAACCGGAUGAGUGCGAAGUGACAGGAAACACUUUCCGUGGAGUCACAGUGUACCUGCUGCCUGCUGGGAUUGGGAAUGCCAGGUGCCAGAUCUUUGAAAGUCAAAUCAAGCAGAACGGAGGACAGACCGAGAGCUCUCUGAGUCCCGCCGUCACUCAUGUUGUUGUUGACGAGGGCAUGGAUGGGGAGAGGGCCCUGCGCCUGCUGAAGGUGGACCAUCUGCCCUCUGCUGUCCAUCUGGUGAAAUGCAAAUGGCUGAGUUCCUGCAUCAGCGAAAAAAAGCUGGUGGACGUCGACAGCUACAGUCUUCUUUUACCUAAAAGGGUCUCGGACACAAAACUGGAGAAUCCAAAAGAAGCGUCGGCCUCUGUAACGGCUGCAUCUGGAGCCGCUGUGGAACCCGUGGCUGAAAACAAACAGGAGGACACUACAGAUACGACGUCUCCGGACCAGAAAGGGGAAGAAGACGGGGUCUCUCAGAGGGACCUCGAAGCUCUCAUCAGUGGCCAGCACCCCAAAGAGGAAGCCCCCAGCUCCAUCUCCAGCCCCAGCCCCGGUCCAGAGGCUGCUGCUCAGACUCCAGUCUCUGGGAAGUGGGUCUGCGCCCAGUCCUCCGAGUCCAAAUCCAACAACUUCAACCAGCACAUCACCGACAAGCUGGAGGUGCUGGCCAAGGCCUACACGCACCAGGGGGACCGGUGGAGGGCCCUGGGCUACUCCAAGGCCAUCAACGCCCUGAAGAGCUACCACAAGCCCGUCACCUCCUAUCAGGAAGCUUGUCAGAUCCAAGGGAUAGGAAAACGCAUGGCGGACAAAAUCGAUGAGAUCAUGGAGAGCGGCACCCUGCGGAAGCUGGACCACAUCGGGGAGGCCGUGCCGGUUUUGGAGCUGUUCACCAACAUUUGGGGCGCCGGAGCGAAGACGGCUCAGCUCUGGUACCAGCAGGGAUUUCGCACUUUGGAGGACAUCCGCACAAAAGCCCACCUGAGCAACACUCAGAAGAUCGGACUGAAGCACUACCAUGACUUUUUGGACCGAAUGCCCCGAGAAGAAGCGGCAGCUAUAGAGAAAGUGGUCAGAGAUGCUGCCCAGGCCGUGGACCCGGGCCUGGUGGCCAUGGCCUGUGGCUCCUACCGACGGGGAAAAGCUACAUGCGGAGAUGUGGAUGUGCUGAUAUCUCACCCGGACGGCAGCUCCCACAGGGGCGUUUUCAGCAAGGUGCUCGAGAUCCUCCACGACAGCGGCUUCCUGACGGACGACCUGGUGAGCCACGAGGAGAACGGCGAGCAGAAGAAGUACAUGGGCGUGUGCCGGCUGCCGGGGCCGGACCGACGCCACCGGCGGCUGGACGUCAUCGUGGUGCCGUACCAGGAGUUCGCCUGCUCGCUCAUGUACUUCACCGGGUCGGCGCACUUCAACCGCUCCAUGAGGGCCCUGGCAAAGACCAAAAACAUGAGCCUGUCCGAGCACUCGCUGAACAAAGACGUGGUCCGCCGGGGGAGCGUGAAGGUGCACGCCGGCUCCCCGCUCCCCACACCCACCGAGAGGGACGUUUUUAACCACCUAGGGAUACCGUACAGACAGCCACACGAGCGGGACUGGUGACGAUAUAAUCACCUCUAGUUUUAAAGAAAAGCAAUCAUGAUGUUGUACGAUGAAAGUUGAAUCCAUGUCGGAUUAAACCACAUUAAUUUAUUUUUAAAUGGCUCCACACAUGAUAUGAGAGCUGUCUUUGACUUGAACAUGAAAGGGUGAGGGAUACUCAAAGUAAAAAUAAAA